UACCAACCAGUUUAUUCCCUCUAUACAAUAUUUCAAAAUCCCAAAACAAACGAAACCAAAGCUUUUUUUUUUUUUUUUUUUAAAUCAUACCCACAUUCCAUCCGAUAUCAUCUCCUGCCAUAUUAAUCUUAUAUUUCACUUCCAAAACAAAAUCUUUGAAAGAAAAUAAUCUUUUUAUUUUCUUUUUCUUUUUGUGCCGACCAAAACCCUUCUUUGUUUUCUCGGUAGAACAGCAAAAAAUAAAAAAGAACAUAUGGGUCUGAGAGACAUUGGAGCCACACUGCCUCCUGGGUUUAGGUUUUAUCCAAGUGAUGAGGAAUUGGUCUGCCAUUAUCUAUACAAAAAGAUCACCAAUGAGGAGGUUCUUAAGGGUACUUUGGUUGAAAUUGACUUGCAUACAUGCGAGCCAUGGCAGCUUCCUGAGGUUGCAAAGCUGAACGCGAGCGAGUGGUACUUCUUCAGCUUCAGAGACCGCAAAUACGCCACAGGCUACCGAACCAAUCGUGCCACGACAACUGGUUACUGGAAAGCCACAGGGAAAGAUCGCACGGUGCUUGACCCAGUAACAAGGGAAAUCAUAGGCAUGAGAAAGACUUUGGUGUUUUAUCGGAACAGAGCUCCUAAUGGAAUCAAAACUGGUUGGAUCAUGCAUGAAUUUCGUUUGGAGACCCCACAUAUGCCUCCUAAGGAGGACUGGGUUUUAUGUAGAGUGUUUCACAAAAGCAAAGCAGAUGACACCAACAAACUUAGUCCACAACACAUGUUGGAGACCACAUCAUGUGCACCUUCUCUAAAUUUAGCUCCAAUAUCACCUCCAACUGAUUACCAAUCCAAUUUGGCUUGUGGGUAUAACCAGGUCACUUCAUUUUCCUCCUCAGCCCCACCUCAUCAGGGCCACAAUCGUAGCAAUGCUAAUUCUCUGCUCAAUCUCCUUCAAUUUUCCCAUGAAAAAGACGGUACCAAUCCCACCGUAACCGAGAUUAGCUCAAGAAAUGAUCAUCAUGAUGAAUAUGGGUUUCUAUGGGACAUGACUUUCCAUGAAAAUAACAUGGAAAAUGAAGUGGCUUCGGAUUUGGAGGAAAUGAGAUUCGAAAUGGAUGAUAAUAGUAUGGUUUUCCUCUGAAUAUUAUUUCUGCAAAAAUAUUGUUGUUACAUGGUUCAGAUGUCAAGACACAAAAACUGAAAAAUUUCUUUGCGCUUAAUUUGCGAUGCCUUUUGUGUUGUAUAUUUGGAUUCUAGGGUCAACUUGUGCAAUUUGAUUGGAAAUUAGUCAAAAAGGUUGUGGUUAGUCUAUGUUUUAGGUCUUUUUUUUUUUCAACUUUUAUUUAUUUAUUUUUUGUAUACAAUUUGGCAUUGGAAUGAAUAUAUAUACUAUGUAAAUUCUUUA